CAGGAUGCAAGAAACUCGCCAAUCUGAUAAGCGCCGAAGUUACUGAGAUACGAGUUUUUACGACCUGCAACACACUGAUGGUCGCAAAAGGUAAACAAGCGUUGGGUACAACCAUCAUGAACUCAUCGCUAAGGAAUAUCAAAUUUGUACGAGUUUUAAUUGAUGUACUAAGGAACAACCACAUUAAUUUUUUGAUCACGAGCUUUUUUAUUCUCCUCUUCACGUAUCUCACGGUUCUGGCAGCAUUCGGACGAGAUUUCUUGCAUCCAUUCACCAUUCCUGACUAUGUUCUACAGCUUAAAAACACCUCAUUCUCACCGAUCGUUGACUCGACCAGCUUAAUAACCUCGGCAUUCUCCCUAUUCUUCUUGUUGGUAUUCUCACUAUGCGUUGGAAAGAUAUUCUACUACUUAUCGCUACCUCCGUUAUUUGGAAGUCUGCUCGUCGGAUUGUUGGUUAAAAAUAUUGUUGUGCUCAAUGAGAUUUUCUAUAUACAUCCACGCUGGGAAUGGGUUAUACGAACGUUAGCACUCACUAUAAUUUUAAUCCGAUGUGGCAUUGGUCUUAACUGGGAUUACUUGAAAGAGGCUAUGGGAGCGACAUUAGGUCUUGGAUUAAUGACAGCUGCCAUUGAAAGCGCUGCGAUCAUUCUUGCAGCAAUUUUUAUAUUCAAAUGGUCCGUACCAAUGGCUUUCAUCACAGGAUUUGUUAUGGCAGCUGUUUCUCCAGCCGUGACAGUGCCCAUAAUGCUUGACUUGCAAAGCCAGGGUUUGGGCACAAGAAAGGGUAUACCAACACUUGCGUUAGGUUCAGCCGCUCUUGACAACGUUUUUUGUAUCACCGCGUUUUCAGUGGCAUCAGCGAUCAUAUUUUCAACAGCGCCUCUCGCUCAAGUGAUCGUUGCCAACGUCGCCGAAAUCAUAAUUGGUAUUUUCAUCGGGAUUUGUGCCGGCUGGCUAUUAUGGUGGUUCCCCAUCUCGUAUGUGGAGAAUGCAUCAGUCUGCCGAACACUGCUCCUUGCCUCCAUUUGUUCAGCUGCUGUACUUGGUGGACAAGUGCUCGGCUUUCAAAGUGCAGGGCUGAUAAUCGCAGUGCUGACCUCUUUCGUUGCUGGAAUCCGAUGGAAAAUCGACAAUGAUGAUAAAAUUCGAUUUGAAGAAAAAGCUUUUGCACUCCUAUGGAAGUUGUUUUUCAUGCCUCUCUUGUUGUCUCUUAUUGGGAUGAAACUUGAUUUUUCUACUAUGAACUGGACUAUUGUGCUGACUGGAUGCGCACUAAUUGGUAUAGGAGUCGUGUUCAGAUUCUUGUCAGGAAUCAUAUUCUCGUCCUGCUCCGGUUUCAGUAUGAGAGAGCAGCUCGUAACUGCUCUAUCACUACUACCAAAAGCUUCUGUCCAAGCAGCGCUUGCACCAGGAAUUUAUUCACUGGUUGCUGAUACACCGCAUCUGCAGGAUGAAGCGCAUAUGGCAGUGACUGCGUGUGUUCUUGCCAUCUUGCUGACGGCUCCAUUGGGACAAUAUCUGCUGCUCAAAGCAUCUCCGAUACUCCUCAAAAACAGCAGAGUAGUCGGAAUAGCCAAGAGCUCCUUAGAGGACAUGGAAUUUGGGGGCAAACCAGGCAGAAAUAACGUGAUAAGGACCAACGGUAACACGACCAUGUCCUACACCAGCACUGCUCGCAUCGAAGAGGAUGUGCGAUUUUGA